AUGGUUGGCGAUGCCUUAUCCGGCAUUCCCGCAUCCUGGCUGCGGGCCGCCCACGCCGAGAUCGCCUUCGGCGAACAGGCUGCCAUCGCCGGCAGCGCUGUGUGGACGCCGGGGCCGGACGUCGAAGAGCCGGAUGGCCUGGAGUUUGCAGCCUUCGGAGGCGCCGACUUCGUGAUUGAGAUCCCCCACACUCGCUUUGACCUGCAAGAGUGGCUCACUGUGGAGGAGCACGAUGAGCAGAAAAUGUACUGCAGGCACGGCACCUUCGUGGAUGGCGCGGACAUGUUCGAUCACAAGUUUUUCGGCAUUGCGGAGAAGCAGGUCCCCGUCACUUUGACACUGGCUCACGCCAUGAAGUUGGUGGCCAGUGAGACGGCUGAGAGACAGGCCGCGAUCCCCAUCUCGGAAUGGAGCUUCCACGCAUCCAGCUGUAUUCAACAAGCCGGUGGCGGAGUUCUGCCUCCCGGUGUGGAGAAGCUUGCCCCAGGCAAUCCGGCGGUAUGUUUCAAGCGCGAUCCAGAGACGGUGUCCUGCUGCAGUCACGGCCGUGACGGCCCCGUAGCCGAGCAGUGCACCACCAAUGCCCACGAGCUUCCAGUUGACUGUGCUUUGGAAGAGGAGUCGAUUUACAACCUCAAGAUCUGGGAGUUGAGCAACGGGCUUGCUGUGGUCUCCCCAACGCAGGUGUUCCUCUGGAGCGCGGACGCAGUGCUUCGGGGUGAGCCUCCCGUUUCGCAUUGGUCAGGAAACUUCACCGAGUCGCUAGCGCUCCACUCGGAAGGUCUUGCAUUGAAGUGCUGCAACGGGACCUUGUCCUCGUGCCGCUUCUUUGUCCUGCACAUGUCGGUCUCCCACCUUGGCAUGGACGUUUGGGUGCAAGCGCUUCAGCAUGUCAGCCCCCCGGAUCAACCCAACCUCUUGGAGCGGCCGGCAUCGCUGCAUGAUGGCGGUUUGGCCAUUGUCUCCCGGUUUGGGAGGAGGGGUGCCUGUUCUCUUGAAGUGGUGGUGUUCCCAGCAUCUACCCUGUCGAGUGGGACAUCUGUGUCUGCAAACGCAUCUGGACGUGCCCAAGUAGCGCUGCCAUCCGAUCCUUGCCAGGAGGGGCUGGGGCAGGAGAUGCUAGUGGACACUGUGGUUCACAACGGAUCAGAUCUCUUGCUCGUUUUCUCAGACACAGCCUUGCAUCGGUUUCCGAUUGUGCAAGGCACGGUGGGCCGGAUGACCACCGAAGUGUUUCCGCCGUCAGACAUGGCGGCUGCUGUGGUGGUUUUACCAGAGAAUGUGCUGGCGGUGGCAUUUGAGUAUUCCAUUCGCCUCGGGCGUUUCAUGGAUGGCAAUUUUUCCUGGCUGGGAAUGCCCCUGCAGGUGAGGGAUGGUAGCCUUUCCGUUUUGGCCAUGUUCCCCUGGGGCCUCAGUGGGCUUUGCGUGCUCGACGAUACGUAUUACUUCUUUAACUAUUCGGCUGCGACAAGAGGUGCUGCUUCCGUGUGGCAGACCACCGUUGUAGCACCUGCAAAUCCGCAGCAGUCGACCCAAGUCACAAACCUGAUAGGGAUCGCUGGUGGUUUCGUUGCCCUGAUUGAGACGGAAUAUAGUCUGAAUGCCAGCCUUGUGUUCCUGACGAAUUCCACCCCCUAUGGUGAUUGGACGACAGCUGUGCUUGGAGUGGCCGUGCACGGCCGGCAUUCCAACAGCAUCGUUGCAGUGUCCAGCACUAUUCUGGCCUGUUCCGACGACAAGGUCUGGAGUUUCUGGGACCUCUCCCAGCCUCGGCACAGAUCAGAGGAUGUCCUCAAGGCGUUCUGCACGCUUCCGGCGCCCUUCACAACCCCAGGUUCGGGCCAACUUCUCGGGAGCACUGGCCGGGGUGAUUUGAUCGUGGCCAACGCAUCUGGGCUAUUGAUUCUUCCUGCCGCGGGCAUUCGACUCUGCGACCUUUCGUUCCUGGUGCAGCUGCCUUCCCCAGAUCCCUUGAGAGCUUACGCGCCGCUCACGAGGACGGGAUCUCAGGUCCUGGCAGUUCCCUGCUGUGGCGGAGGGGCCGCCGUGGUUCAUUCAGGCAUCAUAUCCCAUGUGCGUGUCUCUCCGGACCGGAUCUCUUUGUUCAAUGCCUCGGCGGUGGAGCGUGGGGGAGAGCCAUUCGCUGAUCUCCAGGUCGAUGCUCCCCAGUGGAUUCUGAUCACUUCCCUACUUCCGCUGGUCGGUGGGGGCUUCCUCGUGGGCACCACGGAGAAGAAAGUGUACAGAUAUGAGCCCGUCGAGGCCAAGGGACUCGCCGCGCUCAAUGCUUCCACCGCUUUCAGCGUCCCCGGGGUUCCCUGGUAUCUCUCCUCCUGGGCCGGGAGCCCUGGCAAUCCGCAUCCAGAGAUCUUCGUUGCCGAUCAGGUGGUCUACCGCGCUCAGCGAUGUCCGGAAAUGACGUACGGUCACUUGGGCGAGUGCCUGGAUUGCCCGGAGUCCUCCCUGUCUAUCCAGGGCUCGACGUCCUGCGGAUUCAGGCCUGGAAAUCGCAUUGCCUUUUCCUUGUUCCUGGGCCUCGCAGUGGUUGCUAUGGCACUCCUGGUGGGUAGGGGCCUCGAGCCGAAGUUGCUACGCCUCGGGCCGUUGGGCCUCCAAAGCGCUCGCGCCCUCGCCUUCGCCAGCGCUCUUCUGCCCGUCUGCGCCGGAUGGGUCGAUGGAAUCUUCGGGCCUGCCUGGGCCUCAGCAGUUCUGGUCUUCUUGGCGCUGCUAGCCCUGGCUACUGAGCACUGGAUGUGGCGGCGGCAGGGACUGGUCGAGAUGCUGGCCAUCACUGGCCCGCUCUUGUGGAUGGCCUGCAACGCCCUCACGAUCAACUUCAUGCUUCUACUGGACUACUCGGCCGAGCUUCGGGCUCUUCACCCGAUGCUGACGCUUCUUGGGCGAGACCGAGGGGAGAGCCGGUGGUUCUGCAUUGUGGUCCUGGCCAGCGAGGCCGUCGUGAUCUCCGCUGCCACGGCGUGGCACCCAAAGGUCCAAAGAACCGCUCCAGGGCGCCCUCUUUCACGAGGGCUUCUCUAUACCGAGUCUUGGGAUCCGGGCAGUCGCAACUUCUGGACGCGAGGCCGCUGCUUGCAGAGGUGCUCCGGGUGCCUUGACGCCGUUUCCACGAUCUGCGGAAGAGCGCGCAGGUACCUGAAGAGCUGGCAAGGCCGCCACUGCGUCAUGGUCGUGAAUGCCUGCAUCAGUACGGCGGUGUGCAUGUAUCAGUAUGUGAAGUCGGACUCCAGCCCACGGGAAACCUUGCUGGCUGUGGUGCUUUGCUUCGGGCUGCUUUCCAUAUUUACCAGCGCUUUCGCUUUGUCGUCGGAUGCUCUCCAGUGGGAAGAGAAGCUGGAUCGGCACUUUCGCUGGAGCGUCCUGUGGAAGGUCGAUAUGCUAGCCAGUAAGGUGGUGUUGCUGGCCAUACCUCAAGCCAGCUCAGUGGUGCAGAUGGACUCCAUCAUGAGCUGUGGUUUCGAUGCUUUCUGUCCUGGUGACUGCGUGAAUCAAGGUGGAUACUGCACACGCUCCAACAUUGCAGGCAGCCCGGUGUGCAAGUGCAGCAAGCGAGAGGUGAACUGGGCUGUAUACGUCCUGACUGCCAUUACCAGCUUCCUGCUGUGCAUGCUCACGUUGAUGGACCUGGCUGCAUUUUGGUCGGCCCGCCUCACACCCUGGCGUGAGUCGGGGCUGCGUCGGCUGAGAGGCGCUGCGGCACUGGUUGGGGCAGCUGGAGUGAACCUCACCAGCUGCUUCUUCGCCCUGCUGGUGUCUGUGGCGCCUGCGGAAUGCUACCUCCUCGACUUGCCUACAGCACUUUGUUCUGUUCUUCCACUGGUUCCCUUGACACUGGUCGCCAACGAGGCAAGAUGGAUCCUCGCAACAUGGAAGGCUCACGAAGCAGUCCACGUGUUGAUCUGGUCGACCUCCGGCUUGCGCAUCCUCACCUUCCUCACCUGCGCCGCCUCGGCAGUGUCCUUUGCGCACCUGGCGUGGAAGCCGACAGAAGACCUUCAGAGCUCUUGCCGCGCAGUGCACUGGAGCACCCUGAGUGUUUGCUUCCUUUGCGUUCCAUUCUCGAUUGCCUGCUGCCUAAUUCGUGCCCGAAGUCCGCCCGGCAGGGAGAACGUUCCCUGCGAGGGGCUGGCGGAAAGCAAUGGGGUAGAGACGGCAGAGCCCAAUCUACCCCAACUCGGAGAAAGACGGCUUUAA